CUUGAUAAGAGGUUCAGGAUGAAGCCCUACGCCGCAUAUAUUGCUAUUCUGCUAGCAUACCUCAAUUCUGCUGUCGCUGCUCCGCCGCCAGUUAGAACCGACACGAUCCAUUCUAGCCAUGGGCCCUUCACAGGGACACCAACGACGACUGGCGCCUUGAGCACAAGCGUGCUCGCGUCUAGCAUUGCUCACAAGCCGCCAAACCCUAAUGCGACGAGUUACCCAAGCGAUGGACAACUCCAUGCCCCUCAGCCGGUUCCCUAUGCGCCCGCUGGCGGCAUAGGAACUGAUGGCACAGAACCUGUCUACAAUGUUAAAAGCGAUUUCGAUUACCAGUCGCUGGCCCUUGCACUGUAUCAGGAAUGGAUCGAGCUCGAUCUAUUCUAUUAUGGACUUGCUGCCUUUUCAGAUGAAGAUUUCGUUGCGGCUGGACUUACAGCCGAAGACCGAUAUCUGAUCCAAUUUAUGGCAGAACAGGAGCGCGGGCAUGCUACACUCAUCAGCAAUAUGCUGGGAGCUCAGGCCCCUAAGCUGUGUGCCUAUAAUUAUCCCUUCACAACAGUCCGCGAAUAUGUCGACUUUAGCCAGAAGCUCACUCGAUUUGGAGAAUCGGGGGUAUAUGGCUUCCUCGAACAUUUAGAUUCCCGUGAAGCAGCAACCUUGCUACUCCAGUCUAUCACUACAGAAGCCCGCCAGCAGAUGAUUUUCAGGCAGUUUGAUGGUCUCUUUCCAAUGCCGGUCUGGUUUGAAGUUGGAGUUCCUCAAUCUUGGGCUUGGACAUUGAUGGCACCAUUCAUUAGUUGGUGCCCAGAAGGUCAGACAAGACUCGUCUGGCAGAACUUCCCGGCUCUAUAUAUCCUUAAUCAACCGAACCCGGCUCGCUUGAACGGUUCGGCCGGCUUUAACGAAACACUUGGCCCCGGCAUGAACACACUAAGAAACUCGCACCUCUCCCCAUCAGAAUCCUGCCUCAAUGCCACUGAUAACUCCAAUGACUGUGGCCCAGCUAUUACUCAGAAUAGGUCUAUGCCGCUUUCUUGGCCUGGGCGUGAGGUUCAAUUAAUGUGGGAAACCCCUGGAAAGCCUGUUGGCCCAAACAACAGCUAUAUAACGUCGUCAAAUGCGGGAGAUCCCAAAUUCGUCGUGUGGGUGACGCAACUCAAUGUUACCUAUUCACCUUUGACUCUACAGUCUAAUGAAACAGGCGGGGGGAUGAACAUGGGAACGACUAUUCAACCCAAUUUGGAGACGUAUGCUGGCGAUCCGGCCGUGAACGGGACCAUGUUUAUUGCCGUUACAGAUAGUGAUCCUGUUCUAUCGCCAUUUAACCUCUCUAUGAUCAAUCCACACAUUGUGGCUGGGCCAGCUUUGUAUCAGGCCGGGUAAGUUUGAACCGACGAGCUCGCUGGGCUGCCAUGCGGCCAUCCGAACUAUCGUGUCCUUACUCUCUGCGUCCUGUUGGUCGGGCGACUUGGUGGAACUAGGAAGCUAUUGUGGCCUUUGACCCCCAUGAAGCUUGAGCGCCGGUAUUUUCGGUGAAGAUUAAAAUGCAAUACUUUUUCUCGGAUUAAUUAGCAUUUUGUUAUUUAAUAUAAUUGUCUAUAGUUAGUUAUUAUUUGCUGGAAAUUUCCGAGUUUUG